AGUGGGAGCCGACCGACGGUGGUUGAGGAUGAGCCCAUCCCACCAUAUCUUUUGCUCUCUUUAAUCUUUCUAUCUAUUUUUCUUUCUUCUCCAUUCCUCUUAUUAUGGUUUGUGUUUUGUGAAUUUUGCAGGUUUUCAUUCAAACUGGAGGCUUUUGGGGGUAAAUGGAUAGGUUGUUUUCAAUGGAUGAAUAAGAUGAUCACGUUACAUGGUGGUGGGUGAAGGGUGUGUGUCAUGAUACAGAUUGAAUCUAACUCCACCUCAAAACCAUGGCUCAAAGGGGAAGAUUGUCCAAUCCUAUAUAAAGCCCACACACCAGGUUCAUGACUUCUGAUGUGGGACUCCAAGUUGGUUCAUGAAGCCCAACUUGUACAUGAAAAUCGGUAACAUGUCACCAACCACAUUUGAUGUUAUUAUUAUGGUAAUAUAGAUAGAUAAUAUAAUGUAUAUACUAAGUAGACCUUUGACUAGUGAUAGUGUUGAUGACCAGACGGCUUUGAUUGAGAUAUAAGAAAGACUUGCUAAUCAAUGAGGGUUAUGCCUCAUCAUUUUCAAUUGAAUUCCAGAUUCAAUCAUCACUUUGAAUAAAUUUCCAUCCAUGUCUUCCUUCACUUCCUCCUCAAAAAACCACCACGAAUUUGAAUCCACGUCUACUACUACAAAACCAAAGAGGGAGCGCUACCAUGUGUACUUGAGUUUCUGUGCCAAAGAUACAGAUUCUUUUGUUUCUUGUCUCCAUGUGGCUUUUAGAUCAAAGGCUAGACAGGCUAUUUUCUUGGGCUUUGACAAGAUUGGAGAUGAAGAUCGGGCAAUAACACCCUCAGAGCUGACUGUAAUUGAAGAGUUUAGAACUGCUAUGAUCAUAUUUUCAAGAAAUUAUGCUAAUUCAAGGCGGUGUCUUAUAGAAUUGGAGAAAAUAACCGAGUGUUGCAGAACCACAGAUGGUCUUAAUGUUCUCCCUUUUUUCUAUGAUGGUGUCUAUCCCUCCUACGGACGUUUGAAGAGUGGUAUGUUUGGUGAGGCUUUUCAUGAUUUUGUGGAUAGAAUGACCACUAUAAAGGAAACCUCUAAAGAGGAAGACAAGUUAAUGAGUUGGGUAGCGGCUAUCAGUACUACUACAGAUAAAGCUUCCAAAUUUUCAGGAUCAAUAGAACCAACACAAGAAUACCGGACCCAAAGUGAACAUAUUGAUGGUAUAGUUGAAUGCGUUAGUUAUGCCAUAAUCAGGCCGUCAACCAGAUACUACCAUCCUUAUACAGUGAGUCUGAACUCUGCUGUGCAAGAUGUGAUUCAGUUAUUGAAACAAUCAAAAAGUCCUCUCCUACUAGGGAUAUGGGGGAUGGAAGGGAUUGGUAAAUCAGCCAUUGCCGAAGCCAUUUAUCAUCAAAUUGGUCCCUAUUUUGAGGGCAUGUGCAUCCUCCAUUACGUCGGGUAUUUUUGGAAAAAAAAUGAUGGUCAAGUUUCUUUACAUCAGAGCCUUUUUCAUGACAUCAUAAAAAGAAAUAAAACUAAAAAUAGAAAUAUAGAUAGAAGUAAAAAAAAGAAACUUAAAAUUGAAUCAGAAAAAAUGAUUUUAAAAGAAAGUCUUCAACAUAAAAGGGUACUUCUUGUACUUGACGGUGUUGAUAAAUUGGAGCAGCUAAAGGCUUUGUGUGGUAGUCGGGAAUGGUUUGGUGCUGGUAGCAAAAUAAUCAUCACUACAAGAGAUAGACAUCUACUGAAGGAGCAUGGAGUUGACCAUAUAUAUAGAGUGAAAGAAUUGGACGAAAGUGAAUCACUUGAGGUUUUUAAUACUUCUUUAAGCUGCCAUAAAACUUCUCUAGAACGUUUUGCUGAACUUUCCAGACAGGUAGUUUCUUAUUGUGGGGGAUGGCCUCUUGCUCUUCAAGAACUUGGGUACUUUUUGUCUACAAAGGAAGCACUUGAAUGGAAAGAUGCGUUAAGGAGUCUCGAAAGAUUUUCCAUUCCAGCUCCACAUCUACAGGAGACUCUAGAAAAGAGUUUUAGAGAUUUGAGUAAUAUAGAAAAACACAUCUUCCUUGAUAUAUCAUGUUUCUUUAUCGGGAAGAAUAAAAAUGAUGUACUCCAAACGUUAAAUAGGUCAACACAAAGUGCGGCUUAUCAAAUAAGUCUCCUGGAAGACAAGAGCCUUAUAACAACCGAUAAGAAUAACAAGCUUGCAAUGCAUGUUAUUCUACAAGCCAUGGCAGGACAUAUCAUUAGAAAGGAAUCAGGUUAUAUGACUAAACAUCAGCCAAAGAUGUACGAUGUCUUCUUGAGUUUUAGAGGGGAAGACAGUCGUGUGAAAUUCAUUUCACAUUUGUAUUCCUCUCUUCAAAAUGCGGGCAUUUAUGUUUUCAGAGACAAUGAUGAGAUACAACAAGGAGAUCAGAUCUCAACCACACUGUUGCAAGCAAUUGGACGGUGUAGAAUUUCUAUCGUUGUUUUGACUACAAAUUAUGCUAAUUCAAAAUGGUGUCUGCUAGAGUUGGAGAAGAUCAUGGAAUUCAGCAUGACCAGGGGUUUGGUGGUUGUGCCAGUGUUCUAUGAGGUCAAUCCCAAAGAAGUACGUCAUCAGAAUGGUCAGUUUGGAUUAGCUUUUGAAGAUUUUUUAUUAAAAAAUUCAGUGGAUGAAUUCACCAAGAGUAAUUGGAAAAGGGAACUCUCUCAUAUUGGUGCCAUAGCAGGGUUUGUACUCGCAGGUUCCAGGAAUGAAUACGAAGAUAUCAAGGGUAUUGUUGACCAUGUCACCCGGUUGCUAGAUAGGAAAGAGUUAUUUGUUGCUGAACAUCCGGUAGGAGUGAAAUCUCGUGUGCAAGCUGCAACUAAGCUAUUAAACAUUCAAAAAUCAGAAGAUGUUUUACUUCUAGGGAUUUGGGGAAUGGGGGGUACGGGUAAAACAACCAUUUCCAAAGCCAUUUACAAUGAAAUUGGGAGCGAGUUUGAGGGAAGGAGCUUCCUGCUGAAUAUAAGGGAAUUUUGGGAGUCGCAUACUAAUCAAGUUUCACUACAGCAACAAGUACUUUGUGAUGUUUACAAAACAGCAACAUUCAAGAUACGUGACAUUGAAUCAGGGAAAAAUAUAUUGAAGGAAAGACUUUCCCAAAGUAGGGUACUUCUUGUGCUUGAUGAUGUGAAUGCAUUGGAUCAGCUAAUGGCUUUGUUUGGAAGCCGCAAAUGGUUUGGUCCGGGGAGUAGAAUAAUCAUCACAACAAGAGACAAGAAUCUUCUUGAAUUAUGUGGAGUUGAUGAAGUGUAUACAGUAGAAGGAAUGGACGAAAGUGAAUCUCUUGAGCUUUUCAGUUGGCAUGCAUUCAAGCAACCAAGUCCGACAAAAGCUUUUGCUGCACAUUCAGCAGAUGUGAUUGCUUAUUCCGGGAGAUUGCCACUAGCACUUCAAGUCCUUGGGUGCUAUUUGUCUAAAUGUGAAAUAACAGAGUGGCAGAAAGUUUUGGAGAAACUCAGAUGUAUUCCCCAUGAUGAAGUACAUAAGAAGCUAAAAGUGAGCUUCGAUGGUUUAAAAGAUGUUACAGAGAAACAAAUAUUUCUUGAUAUAGCCUGUUUCUUUAUCGGGGUAGAUCGAUAUGAUGUAAUUCAAAUAUUAAACGGUUGUGGAUUUUUUGCUGAUUCUGGAAUGAAAGUCCUUGAAGAGCGAAGUCUUUUAACUGUUGACAGUAGGAACAAGCUUAGAAUGCAUGAUUUGUUAAGAGACAUGGGAAGACAAAUAAUUUUUGAGGAAUCACCAUUUGAUCCUGAAAACCGCAGUAGGUUGUGGCGCCAUGAGGAAGUGUUUGAUAUAUUAUCAAAGGAUAAGGGAACUGGAGCUGUCAAGGGACUGACUUUGGAGUUUCCAAUACAAAACACAGUUUGUCUGAAUACCAAAGCAUUCAAGAAGAUGAAUAAACUCAGAUUGCUUCAACUUUCUAGGGUGCAGCUUAAUGGAGAUUUUAAAUAUCUUUCGGGAGAUCUUAGAUGGCUGUACUUGCAUGGAUUAAAAUUUCCAUCAUCUUAUGCUCCUGCAGAAUUUCAGCAACGAAGUCUAGUUGUCCUCAGGUUAAAAUAUAGUAAUCUCAAACAACUAUGGAAGAAAAGCCAGAUGCUAGAGAAUCUGAAAAUUCUUAAUCUUAGUCAUUCUAUGGAUUUAACUGAAACUCCUGACUUCUCAUAUAUGCCUAAUCUUGAAAAGCUAGUACUCAAAGACUGUCCAAGGUUGUCAACAGUCUCCCAUAGCAUUGGAUCUCUCCAUAAACUUCUUCUGAUAAAUUUGACAGACUGCACAGGUCUUCGAAAACUUCCGAGAACAAUUUAUCAAUUAAAAUCUCUAGAAACUUUGAUUCUUUCAGGGUGUUCCAUGAUUGAUAAAUUGGAGGAAGACUUGGAACAGAUGGAAUCAUUGACAACCUUGAUUGCGAAUAAGACUGCAAUAAAAAAAGUGCCUAUUUCAAUAGUAAGAUUAAAAAGCAUUGUGUAUAUUUCUCUUUCUGGCUGUGAAGGAUUACCGCGUGAUGUAUUUCCUUAUGUCAUUCGGUCUAGGAUGUCACCAACAAAUAAUGUGAUAUCCCUAGUUCAAAGAUCUGCGUCCAUGCCAUCCAUUGUUUUAUUGGAACUUAUAAAGCAUAGAUGUCUUUAUGUGGAGUGUGUCUCAGAUCUACAACUAACUCAAGUUGUAGCAAUAAUUUUGGAUGUAUUAAAAGCCACAAACUGUCAGAACUUGGAAGCAAGUGCAAGUUCAACUACAUCGCAGAUCUCUGAUGUGCAAACUUCUCCAGGGUCAAAGAAUUACCUGAAAUAUCUCUUAAUUCAAAUGGGAACAAAAUGUCAAGUCUCCAAUACUGCCGAAGAUAGUGUUUUACAGACUGCAGAUGGGACUUGCGAUUCAUUUUUACUCCUCUGUGACGAUAAAUCUGAUUGGUUAACCUUCAGCUGCAAUGGUUGUUCUAUAAUAUUUGAUGUCCCAACAAUGAAGGGGAGUAACCUGAAGAGCAUGAUGUUGUCUGUUGUCUAUUACUCUUCCUCGGAUAACAUAACAUCAGAAGGAUGCCAAGGUGUAUUAAUCAGAAAUUACACAAAGACAACCAUUCAUGCAUAUAAAAGAGAUACACUAACCUCCUUUGAUGAUGAGGAUUGGCAGAGCAUAACCUCAAAUCUAGAACCUGGUAACAAAGUGGAGGUUAUGGUUGUUUUUGGGGAGGGUUUCAUCGUUGACAAGACUACAAUAUCUCUCUUAUAUGAUGAACCACUCAACAAAGAAAUGGAACACUGUCAUCUAGUAGAUGAGGAGGAUGUUAUUGUUUCUGGCAAUGACGGUUAUAAUUUUAGUGGUUCUGGUGGUGAUAAUGAAGUCACCAAUCACUAUAGAGAGGAAACGGUGAACCACAUGCAGAUCACCAUGUAUGCUGGUGGGUUAUAUGCUGAUGUCGUGGGACCAGUACAACUAGUACCACAUGACCCUGACCAGCCUGCAGAGGCAGCAGUUGAGGAGAUUCCUGCAGCUGAAGCAUAUGGUGAUCAGGAGCAACAAGUUCCUUUACCCAAGUGUCAGCCAGAGCAGCAGGCAACAGCUGCACCUGAGGCCAUUGGAUCGGCCUUAGGAGCUCAGAUUUUGGAUGCCCUCAGAGAGCUGAGGGCUGAUUUCUUCCAACUAGAGCAGACUGUUACUGCUAGGUUUGAUGCAGUAGAGGUCAGGUUAGAGGUGCUUGAGGAUGUCAUGGCCCAGAUACCGCGUUGGUCGAAUUCUGAGUCCACCGACGUUUAGAGCUAGAUUUAGGAUUGUCUCCUCUGGUUUCUUUUGAUGUUGCUUUGUUUUUUGUACUGUUGUUCUAUAAUGACUACGGUAUAAGGUACACCACAAGUCCUUUUAGUUGUACUUGAAUAUUUUGAUCUUAUGAUAUCAGUUGUUUCUAUUCA